AUGUCUGGACGUAAAGAAUGGCCUGAAUUGGUUGGACAAACAUUCCAAGCAGCCUGUCAAAAAAUUUCAGAAUUUGAUAGUAGUUUAACUCCAUAUAAUGCGAGGAAUGGACAACAAGACCGAAUGUAUGAUCCAACUCGUGUUGUGUGUGUCACAAACGACAACGAUAUUAUAACUGAAGUUCCAUAUUAUAAUUAUGAGAGUAUGUUAAAUAUAAAUAUUGAAAUAGCAUCGAAAAUGAUUAUAUUUCGACCAGGUAUAGAAGCAUUAAUUAUACGAUGUAUACAGGAACCAAGCAAUAUUAUUAAUCGUCUCAAAUCAGCUGAACAAUAUUAUGUAAUUUAA